GCAGCUCGAUUCAAUGAUUCAAUUCACUCAGUAUCAAAAUAAAAUUCCGCUGCCAACCCGACGUCCUCGUUCGGAAAAUUUGGCUGUAAUCGCAGGUUGGGGACUCACGGAGAAUUCGUACGGAUAUCUAACUUCUCCACAUUUGAAAAAAGGACCUGCGAUUAUUUUAAACAGUACCGAUUGUGCACAGCACGUCCCACUCGAUGUACUCAAUACUCAAUUUUGCACAUUCUAUUCAAUUGGCAAAGGUAUUUGCGCUGGUGACGGCGGUGGCUCGGUUGUCAGCAAUGGAGAACUUUAUGGUGUUAUAUCAUUUUCCUAUGGAUGCGCGCAAGGCACACCAGAUGUACAUACUGCAGUAUAUUAUUAUUUGGAUUUCAUAAGAACACAUAUGAUCGAAUAAAUUAUACAA